CGGGGCGGCGCGGAAAUGGCGGACGAGGCGGUGUUCCUGCUGCUGCACAACGAGAUGGUGGCGGGGCUCUACCGCGCCGCCGAGCAGGGCGAAGGGGAGAACGGCCGCUGCAUCGCCAAGCUGGAGAACAUGGGCUUCCGCGUGGGGCAGGGGCUCAUCGAGAGGUUUACAAAAGAUACUGCCAGGUUCAAGGAUGAAUUAGAUAUUAUGAAAUUCAUCUGCAAGGACUUUUGGACAACUGUAUUCAAAAAACAAAUAGAUAAUCUCAGGACUAAUCAUCAGGGUAUUUAUGUACUUCAAGACAAUAAAUUUCGGCUCUUGACACAAAUGUCUGCAGGAAAGCAGUAUUUAGAACACGCACCAAAGUAUUUAGCAUUUACCUGUGGACUAAUCAGAGGGGGCCUGUCCAAUUUGGGAAUAAAGAGCAUUGUAACGGCUGAAGUUUCGACGAUGCCUGCAUGUAAAUUUCAGGUGAUGAUACAGAAGAUGUAGAACACUCAAAUCUGGGAGGAAUUUUCCAGCUAAGGUCAUCUGCUACUGGACAAAGAAGGAAGUUUAUUUUAGCUUGUUGUGCAAUUAAUGUAAUUGGUUUUAAUUGCUAGCUACAACUCACUUCUGUAGUGAGUAUCAGCAGGAAGAUGGUUAGGCCUGCAAGGACCUAUAAAGGCAUCACCAAGGCUCUGAGGACAUUGGGGUUUGCUAAAUAGUUCUUGUUACGAGAUUGACAUAGCAAUACAUAUCUUGCUCUAGGUAAGCCUGAGAACAUCUUGCUUAAAUUACUUUUAAUGAAUUUUGCUUGCGCUUAUCUAAGUUCAGGCUUUAUACUGUUGAAAUGAGUAAUGACAGAAACUGAUGUUACUGAAUCUCACUGUCCUUACUCAGAAGUGUAAUGCCUUGUUUUGUGGUAGCGAUUAAGUUUGGUGCCACUUUAAGAACAGCAAAUAUAGGCUAAAUAGGAAAACUAACAUGUUAUAAUAGCACCUUUGUCUGCUAUAACUGUCUUCUGUGUUGGAAGAAGCUUGUUUCUUAGUUGAAUGGUGGGCAAGAACAGCAGAAACUAUCCUUCUCUAAGCUCUAGGGAUGUUGGAAGUCUGUAAUGACUCGGUCCUUUUCUAGAAGGCUGUUACAAACUAAAGCUUAUAAAUGUGAUAACCAGGGAUUUAUUAUACUUGAGCUUAAGAUGUGGUCAAGUUCUGGUAUUUUCAGGUACUGUUAAUGCUAGUUUAGAUUACUUCUAGCUGAUUAGUCUAACAGUUUUGGGAAGCGGAACCCCAAAAGAGCAGAAUGCUAUUCCAUGUUGUACAGAGAAGAAAAUAAGUACUGUGGUAUGAUACUCACUGAAGAUCCAGCUGUUAAGCUGAUUAAAACACUUGGCUCUUAAAAUGGUUUGAAGUUUACAGGAAAGUUGUACAUCUACUUGUAGACACAUAUUCAAUUUCUUAAAGAAAAUAUGCAUGAAUCAGAUUUGUUUGAAACUGCAGUUAAGGAAUUGUCUAACUAAUACUCUUCCUAAGUGCAUUUUAUGGGUUCUUGUGUUACCACCUUGUCCUGCUUUUAACAUGCUGGAAAUGCUGAAGAAGCUAGAGAACUUGCGCUGUAUGUCAAAUGGAUGGACAUUUUGAUGGCACAUCUUACACAUUUGCAACGCAUGGACAUUCAGUAACGACGAGACUGAACUGUUCAUUUGCAUCUCUAGAAUUAAAACUCAAGUAGGUAUUAUAAUUCACCCUCAUUUUGCACUUGACUGUUAAGACUACUAUUCCAUAUUCAAAAGUGCCAGUAACUUUAAGAUACUUUAAAGGUUUAUUGAUAGCUAAUUGUAAAGAAAAAAAAAGUUUUUAAAGAAUAGUGAAGGACUUAAUUGAAACUUACUACCUGUUUACUGGGAAAAUUCUGGAUAUCAAUUUGCUGUAUCAGCAGAAUUUAUUGUUCCUUUAGCUUUUUCAUUGUUGAAUACAAUGAGAACCACAAGAAACACAAAGCAGAUGCUAAUAGUUGUGUGGAAGCAUUCCAUAUUAAAAUAUAUUAAGUGAAAUAGGUGAGGUAAUGUAUUUGUCAAGACACCAUAUAGAACUUGUUCUUUCCAUUUAAUAAAAGCUUCUAUUAAAGAGCACUGAAUACAGCUGUUUUAACUUUCA